AUUUCAAACUGUAACUUUCGUUUCAUAGCUAAAUAAAGUUUAGGUAAUUAUCAAUGUGACUGAAACAAAACAAGAUGGCUGCUAAAGACCGAGCACAACAUUUCAUAACGUGUGAAAAGUGCCAAAACCCUGUAGAAUUUACUUGUGUUCCGUGUGAAAUUAAACUCUGUGGAGAAUGUUCUUUGAACCACAUGCGCACGAAAUCAAAACAAGGACAUGAACUCCGGGGAUAUUCUCGGUCUUUGACACAGCAGUGUGACAUACACUUUAAUUUUACAUGUGAUGUCUAUUGUAAGUCAUGCUCUACUCCAAUCUGCAGUGAAUGUGUCGCAACAAAUGAACAUAAACUUCACGACCUUUCAUCAAUGUCAAUAAUAACUAACUUCUUCGAAACAUUGAUUAAAGAAGAAAGUAAUGAAUUACAAACAAAAGUGAAACGCAACUUUGCGAAGUGUGUACAAGAUAUCGACAGAAAUCUGUGUACGGUUUCUAAGCAUUUUGCAGGUGUCAGACAAAAGCUUAAGCUUUGGGUUGAAAAAUGGCAUCAUGAAAUUACGUCUCUUGAAGAAUCUCUUGGAAAAGAACUAAAAGAUGCAGAGGACAAGACUUUGAGGACUUUGAGAGAGGAAAAAGCUCUCAUGGAAAGUAAGAUUGAAGAGAUAAAUGAGUCCAUCAAGAAGUACGAGGACAUGCAUGCGUCAGAAAACCCUAAACUUCUCGUCAAAUUUCAGUCUAAGCUAGACCAGCUCAGUGAAUUACCUACACUGAAAAAACUUUAUGUCUUCGACUUUAUUUCUGCUGAAUUUCCAUUUGAUCUGAGAAUCGUUUUUGGAAAUUUCAAAUCUUUUAUUUGGCCUGUCGAAUUUAGAAGUCUCUCAGAGAUGAGAACAUCAAAGGAAAUAUUGUCAUUUGUUAACAAGCAACAUGGAAACUUAAUCAACAUCCAUGACGAUUUGCACGACGAAAAGGGUACGUCUUCACAAUUUAAAAGAUGUUUGAUCCAGCUACAUCCUAAGCUUUUUCUUUGUCUUCGAAAGUCAAAGCUCUUCCGUGAAAAGUUAGAUGCAUUUCUUAAAGAAGUGGAAGCCAAACCAAUUUGGUCAGAAAGCGAAGGUUUUGACGAGGAAGCACAUUUGUGCAUAGAAAGUACAAAUGCAGCUUCACAUAUGAACGACGCGUGGAAAACGAUUAUUUCGGAUUUACUGACAGGCUUUCUUAAUAAUUGGAAGAUACGGCAUAUUACUGUACCUACUAGUCUCUGGGAUAGAGUACUAGGAGAGUUAAGAACUAUCUGGAUCCCUAAUCCUGAAAACAUAGUUUGCUACACUGAGAAAAAACAGCGGAAAAUAUUUGUUAUAGGCCAAGAAAGAGACGCAGAUACCUUGACAUCAACUAUUGAAAAACUUGUGCGUACGGGUAUUUAG